AAGGACGACAUUUCCUUGGAUCCAGGUGAAGUGCCUAUAGCUAUGGUAACGGCGAGUGGAGUGAGAGAAAUUCGUGCUGCAACCAUGAAGUUUGAAGCUGAGCAUGGAAAAUGCAUUCGACGUGUGGUCAGAUUGUGCUUCAGUUUUACUGAUGUGUUUAAUGGAGAGUCUGGUAUUCCAAAAGAUUUAAAAGAAGAAGCCCAAACGUUUUUCGAAGAUAUGAAUGUGAAGCUGGAAUGGCCAGAUCUGUAUAAUAACAGCGUCAACAUACUGAAUGUUCAACGGCACGAGUAUUCAUUCUGGCGAACACAAAUCACUGACUGCUCCUCAGGUUGA